UUAGGUUUGGUCCUGGUGGGCCACCGUACCUCAUAGUGUCAGGUCUACGCCAGAGCGGUGUCUUUAGCGCUUUUAUGUUUGUAUCACAAUGUAGCGCAGUGUUACAUGUCUUUGUAGUUUCUAACUCGGUGUCUUCGCAAUUGAAGAACAAUGGAGCCGUGUAUAAAGAUAAAUGCUGGGGCAACGAAGUGGGAGAUCCGGCACAAAGUGUGGGAUUACAUGGAAAACAGAAACCUGGCCAACUUUCCGAGACCUGUUCAUAACAGAAUUCCUAACUUUAAGGGAGCUGCGCAGGCUGGAGACAAACUCCGCGCUUUGGCCAACUUCAGGUCCAGUAAGGUGGUGAAGGUGAACCCAGACGCACCCCAGCAGCAGGCCCGCUACGUGACCCUGGAUGCUCGAAAGAUGUUACUGGUCCCCACUCCCCGUUUGAGGAACGGCCUGUUCAAUCACAUAAUCCCUCCCGCGGGAGCAAGCAAAGAGGACCUGCGCGUGUGCUCCACCUCUCAGGGAGUCAAAGAGUUCAGCAGGCCUGUUGGCUUGGAUGCUAAAGUGACGGUGGACUUGGUUGUGGUGGGAUCCGUGGCCGUUUCUGAAAAAGGGUAUCGCAUUGGGAAAGGAGAAGGCUACGCUGAUAUGGAAUAUGCCAUGAUGGUAUCAAUGGGUGCUGUGAGCAGUGCAACUGUGGUUGUCACUAUAGUCCAUGACUGCCAGGUGGUAGAUAUCCCAGAAGAUCUCAUAGAAAGUCAUGACGUCACCGUUGAUUAUAUCCUCACUCCAACCAGAGUCAUCCGGACAGAUUGCAAACUCCCCAAACCAGAGGGUAUCAUCUGGGCCAAACUGGAUGCUGACAUGUUAGGAAAGAUCCCGAUUCUGAAGACGCUGCGUGCCCUAGAGCAGCAGUCUGGGAAAGAUGUGACUCUGGGAAAGGCGGAGCAGAGAGCGAAAGAAGAUCUCCCCAGGGAGUCACGGGAGAAGGCUCGGGGUGAGCCCGAGGCCGUCGCUACGCUGUAUGUGGGCGGCAUCCCCUCAGGCCUGCGUGUGGGUGAGCUGAAGGGAGCCUUGCGGGAUCGCGGGGUUCUGCCGCUCAAGCUACACUGGCAGGGUCCUCAGCGCAGGGCCUUUUUGGACUACAAUGACCGCAGGGCUGCAGAGGCCGCCCUGGCCGCCUUGCAGGGGCUCUCCGUUAACGGGCACGGCCUACAAGCGGAGUUUGCCAGGAGCCAGAGAAGCCACAGGAGGCCAGUCCAUGCACAAAGGCCAGCCAAGGAAGUCCAGGAAAAGCUUUUGCUUUCUUCGUUCAGCCAUCUCUGCAGUUAUUGGGAGUUUAAAGUUAAUGCAGCGUCCUAGCAGGCUUUCAGAAACGUCAUGCUCAUGAAUACAAGGGGUAGCGAAGGGCUGCAUUUAAAAAUAAAUCUUUCUUAAGGAGAACCCAGAAAAGUGUGUCGGUGUUCUUGAUAUUACCAUCCAUGUUAUUGUUGAAGUUUGAA